CACCUCAAUUGAAGGGAGUCUUUCAGCUGAAGUGGUAGAUUCACUGGUAGCAGUUGUAGAUAAUCCCUCUUCUAGGUGAAGACAAGGCCCAGAAACUGACUACCACCUGCUAGUUUGGUAUUCAGCACAUCAAAACUAUGAAUAAAAGAACAUUUGUAAUGUACCUGGAAAUUGGUUCCUUUGUGACCUGUGUGAUUGGGUGGAUCUUGGUUUGUUCCACCUUGCCGAUGGAAUACUGGACAUUUUCAGAGGUUGCAUCUACAGUCCUUACUACUAAUUACUUCCACUCCAACCUGUGGAAAGACUGUACCACUGAUUCAACCGGGAUGAUUGACUGCAAGGUUUUUCCAACAUUGCUUGCUUUGCAACCUUAUAUCCAUUUGAGUCGAGCUUUAAUUAUCAUCGCUAUACUACUGGGAUUAUUUGGAGCCAUUCUAGCCCUGAUUGGGAUGAAGUGCACCAAACUCGGGGGGUCAGAAAUCACAAAUGCAAAAGUUACCUUUGCUGCAGGGAUUAAUUAUCUCACAUCAGGUUUUUGUUCCAUUUUAGCUUACAGCUGCUAUGGACACAGGGUUGUUUCAGAGUUUCUUGAUCCCAACUAUCAGGCACAAAAGUUUGAGCUUGGAACAGCACUCUAUAUUGGGUGGGGCGGGUCUGUUCUUCUCAUAGCUGGCGGACUGAUUUUCUGCAUAUUUGGCGGAAAGGAGGGCUGUCACUCAAGAUCAUUGACUAAGGAGAGUCUGGCAUAUUCACCUGAAGUAACAGGGCCGAGCAAACCAGCAAAGGAUUCAUCUUCACGUCGUCCUCAGAUUGAAAGCAAGAGGUCUGGGCACACAAGAAGUAAAGGCUAUAAGAAGGAGUAUGUUUAGCUUUUUGCCGUGUUAACUUUCCUUUUCUGGUUGGAUAUGGGGACAAAACGUUAUAUACUGCAUGCACCUACAGUUAAGAGUUUAUUAUAAAAUUACGGUGGCUGAGCAAAUGCAAAACAAAAUAACAAAUCCAAAAACACAAGGAGAAUCCAGACAAAGCGAAAAAGGUAGGUAUAGUUUGCAAAUGGAAUUCUUACCCGUGAUUGUACAGGACAUCUGUCAAUCAGGAUAUACAAGGAAAUUCUGUAUCUAACUUUAUUUCUUGUAUAUGUGUGGGGUUGUGCCUUCACUUUAAACCAUUUUUUUUGACAGUGCAACUUUAAAUCUUUUAAAGAAAAUAACAAACAUAUAUAUUUCUACUUAUAAGAAAAUGGAAUUCAUUCAGUGCUACUUUGAGGAAGGACGUUCAUAUGGCAUAAUUUUAGAUAUACUGAUAGCGUAUUAUGGCAUAAAGAUUAGUUUGCGAUCUCUUAAAAACACACCAGGUAUGUUUGGAAGAACAAACUAUUCCAGAUUAAAGGAUGUAAGGAGCACUAUAAGCGCAGAGCUGUGUUCAUACACACACCAAUCCACUUUCUACUGCUGCAGCCUGCUGGACUUCCUGUAUAUCCUGAGUGACUGAUGUUUCUUUCAAUCAGUGGUAAGAAUUCCAACUAUACCUUUUCAGGUUUGUCUAAAUUGUUGUUGUGUUUUUGGAUUUAUUAUUUUGUUUCUGUUUUUUUUAUUGCGUUUUUUGAUUGGUUGUUUUGCACUUCUUGGCCACCGUAUCAAAUUGAUAAGAAAAAAUUAUUUUAGCAAGUAGUCAUGAAACUGAUUUUCUCAAAGUGAAAACAUGCAGCACCGCACCAAAUGAUGCAUUACUGGUCAAAAGCAUGAACUUCUACAAUUAUCAGAUCAUAUCUCUAAAUUUUGCAAUCCAACUGCUCUCAAAGCAAAUAACAUGCAUUUGCUAACAGGUACAAUUUAGUUUAUACACUACUCACAAAAAGUUCAGGAUAUUCAGCUUUCGGUUGAAAUUUCAGGAUGCACCUAAAAUGCACUAUAACCUUUACAGGUGAACUUAAUUUGACCUUUUCUACACUUUUGAAUGCACAUGUCCAACUGUUCAGUGUUUCAGUACUUUUUGCAUAACUUGCUGUUCUCUAACAAGGUGCUUGAUGGCAAAAUUCACAACUGGUGUUUGAUCCAUGAAUCGACCAAUAAAUUUUCUGGUUCAAUUAGAAUUGGUAUUUAAACAGUUCUCUUCAUCGUGCUGUUCACAUUUUGACAUCAUGAGACCAAGACAACACCUAACUAUUGAUCAACAGUACCUCGCCAUUGCAAGGCUUCAAACAGGAUGUUCUCAGAGGGAAGUGGCCACUGAGCUUAGAGUGUCACAGAGUGUCAUCAGCAGGUUGUGACAGAGAUACAGAGAGACUGGAAGAGUCACAGAAAGGCAUAGAAGUGGACAUCCUUUGGCCACAUCCCACAUUGAUGACCGCUUCAUUGUGAACAGUGCCCUGCGGAACCGGAUGAUGAAUGCCACUCAACUCCAGGCACAUUUAAGGGAGGUGAGAGGCACCCAAGUGUCACGUCAGACCAUUCAAAACCGUUUACAUCAGCGUGGUCUGCAUGCUAGACGACCUGCAAGGUUACCUGACCACACCACCAGGCACAGGCAUCAUCGUCUUGCAUGGGCAGACAAUAAGUCGACUCGUGAACAGCAUGAGACGUCGUUGUCAAGCUGUAAUUGAUGGUCAAGGGCACAUGACAAAUUAUUGAGACACUGACAUUUUUUGUUGUGGUAUACCCACCACUGUUGUUGGCUUUUGUUUCAGUAAAUUGUUUGAGAUGAGGAAAUCACCAUGCUUCUACUUAAAUGCCCUACUUUCAUGAUAUAAUAUCACUGUAGUGUGAACUUUUUACAUUUUCCAUAAAUUUCACCCAAAAGCCAAAUAUCCUUAACUUUUUGUGAGUAGUGUAUGUUGUUAGGCCAGAAGUGUAAUUUAAUUGGAAAUAACCUAUGCAAUUUAUUUGUAACCAGCUUCUCCAUAGGUGCACACGUUCUACACUAACAUUUUACAAUAAAGCUUUAUUUUUGUGAAUAAUAGUGAUGCUGUGUGGGCUAAUGUCAUGAAUCAAGCAGUGGAGGAAAAGAAGAAAGUUUUUGAUUUCUACUCAGCUGUUUUACAAAGACGUCUUAAAUGUUCAAACUGUUUGAUCUGCUGGUACAAUUAAGAUAAUGAUGACAUUGAUAUAACAUUAUACAGUAUAUGCUGUUCAAUAUCAAAAUUUGCGUUCAAUGAACCUACAUUGAACUGCUUGUCCAAAUUCUACUAAAUGGAAGGUUGCUUUAUAAAAAAUAGACUUCAUAGACUAAUUCAUUUGUGUCUAUGUUUAUAACAAGUGUUUGACACUUUUGGAUUUCUGUGUGUAGAGCAGGGGUCUCCAACACAUCACUUCUGGGUAGCUCGCCUAAAGUUUCAUAGAAUAUAUACAAAAUUGAUCAAAUCAACUCAUUAAACCUGUUUAAAUUCCAUCCCAAUCAAACUCACAGACACCCCGCCCCUUUCUGGUGUUGUACCGAAAUCUGACUCCCCAGACAAACGCAUGCACAUCACGCAGUGACUGCAGAUCAUGAGAAAAUUAAGUCGUGAUCAUGAGGAAACAAAAAUGUAAAAAAUAUAAUAAUGCAUGGUCUCUUAGAACUUCCUAAAACAGACUCAAAUUAAAUUUUAAUAACAAUUGCAGUUACAUAAAUAACAUUAAAACAAUAAAAAAUGUUUUAUCUUAAUUAUACAAUUAUACUUUAUACUGUAUAUUACAAUUAUACUUUUAAUUAUGAAACCCAUUUUUAAUUAAACAACUUUCAAUGUGUAUAUGUACACAAAAAAAUAACAAGAACAAAUUUUUUCCCAUAUUUUCCCCACUACACAACACAUAACUUGGUACAAACUAAAAUCAUUAGACAAAGUUGCUGGUGUCUGCCUAGGUAAUGCAGUGUGUUUGUUCCUCUUUCCUUCUGAUAGUAAUGUGUAUGCUAUGCUCUAGAUCAGAGGAAUUAAGGUUAUAAGAUAACAAGAUACUUGUUUUUCUUAUGUCAAGUUUCACACAUAGGCCUCAGUUCAGUAUUCAUCUUUGAAUCACAUUGUCAACUAAUAUGAAAUGGAUAUUUGUCAGUGGAUCAUAUCAGGUCAUCUCAAUCCACAAAGUCAUUUUUUUAAGCAUUCACCACAUCUACAGACAAGGCUGCCAUGGACACACACACACACACAAGCUAGAACUAGAACUAGGGUCAUGUUUACAGUUGCAGAGAUUCUGAGCACAGCCAACACAAACAAGAAGCCAAGUGAUAUCACAAGCACCUGAGUGAAGGACAAGACUAGUACAACAGAAUACAGAAAUUCCAUCACAUCAGAUAUUUCCAAGACAUUUUGGAGAGUCAGUACUGAAGGAGAACUGAAAAUCUGAGGUAAGGUAAUUGAGCCAGCCACCUCCAUCCGAAUAUCUGUAAAAGCUACUGGCAAACAGUAGCAAAGUACUUCAUAAAAAAAAUCAUAAAAUGGAUUGUAAAAUGUUUAUGCUCUGCUUAGGCAAAAACACGUGGUUUUAAUGAGAGGUCUAAACAUUAACAAUAGCCGAUACCUAAUUUUAUGCAAAACCUAUGUCAACAGUCAAGUCAGGAGGCUUUUAUUAUCAUUUUGACCAUAUUUAGCUGACGCAGUACACAGUGAAAUGAAACAACAUUCCCCCAGGACCCCAGUGCUACAUAAAGACAGAGCUAUAACACAGAAGACAACACAGAACUAAGGGCUAAAGAGUAAAAAAAAAAAAAAACUAUCAACAUGAAGUGCGUGUGUGCAGCCUUGUGCAAACAGUGCAUGUCAAAAAACAGUCCAGGACAAGAGACAGUA